ACUGCGACACCACCCAGCCAGACGCAUCUAACAUCCCAUUCGACCAUGUCACUAGCAAAGUGUGUGCUUCCUGGCCAUGGACAGGCCCGUGAAGUGUCGAUUUGAGUAGCAUUAUUUAUUAGUUUCAUCCCUUCAUUAGUUCAUGUAAGCUAAACGCGGGUUUUCGUUGCGUGUGAUUGCGUGUGUGAAAAAGAAAGUGACAGCGAACGUUCUAUUGCGCCAAAAGGGGUGCUUCCAGUGAGUGCGUUGAGAUUAUCAUGAGCAAAUGACAUGGAACGACAAAUGGUGGUGCCUGUGAUAGUGUGGCUGCUAGGGUCACUCGUACUGCUAGCGGCGGGACAGGAAGUAUGUCCGGAACCGUGUAGCUGUGACUGCGAGGAAAGCAUGGCGUGUGUCGAUUGUUCCGGGCGUGGCCUAACCGAGCUUCCCGUGUUUGCGGACGUUAAUAUCGAAAUUCUUGACCUUUCCGACAACCUGUUUACGACCAUUCCACCCGAGCUGGGCCAGUUUCCCAGGCUACACUAUCUGGAUCUGUCGGCGAACGCAAUCGCACGCCUGCCGGAGGAUGCACUCGCCGGCAUGUCUGCCCUGUCCAUAUUGAUCCUCUCGGAAAAUAACAUCUCCAACUGGGCGGACAUUCAUCCGAACCGCUUACUACUCCCGGCGGGCAAUCUGAAGGAGCUACGGCUAGCGAAGAACCACUUCACAAGCUUCUCCAGCAAUGACGAUAAUCUAGUGCUGACGAGCCUUUCGCUGCGCUAUCUCGAUUUGAGCGAGUGUAAAAUUUCGAAAAUCUCCGGCAACGAGGUCAUACAGGGGUUGCGCAGCCUGGAACAUCUGAAGCUCUCCGGCAACCCGAUCAUCUCCGUGUCGGACAUGCAAUCGGCCAACCUGAAACGGCUCGAGCUUAACAGCUGCAAGCUAGCCGCACUGCAGCCAACAAUCUUUACCGGACUAACCGCACUGAAGGAGGUUAAUCUGGCACGGAACCAUCGGCUCUCGCUCGUACUACCACACCAAGACACGCCCGUCCAAUCGGCGACGCUGCGCAAAAUAAACCUAUCCCACUGCAACAUGGACACGCUCGAUCUGCACGGCUUCCCGAACCUGAUGACGGCGAUCGUGCGGGGCAAUAUGGUGCGGCAGCUUGAUCGUGAUUCGUUCUCCGGCACGGCACUGCUGGAACAUCUGGACCUUUCGUUCAACUCCAUCAGCAGCAUCCAUCCGGAAGCGUUCCGUGCGCUGAAGCACCUCAAAACGCUGGAUCUCUCCUUCAACAUGAUAUCGCGCAUCGAUGGCAAACUGUUCAAAACGAACGACCUGCUAACGCACAUCAACCUGAGCCGGAACUACAUCAGCCGGUUUAGUCGCAUCUCGGCCGAUUCGCUCGUGUACCUGAAUAUGAGCUGGUGCGAAAUUCUUACGAUCGAUUGGGAUGCACUCGCGUCGAUGGGUGAGCUGAUCGAGCUCGAUCUUUCCAACAAUCUGGUGUCCGACAUCCCGGACACACUGUCCUCGGGAACGCUGCAAACGCUCGAUCUCAGCAUGUGUCGACUGUCGUCGAUGCGGAACACAACGCUCGCCGGUCUGCCGGAGCUGCUGAGAAUCAAUCUGUCCGGCAAUCGGUUCACCACCCCGUUUCGGGUGGAGUUUUUCGAGAAGAACCCGUACCUGAGCGAAAUCUGGCUCGGCGAUAAUCCGUGGCGGUGCGACUGUCGGAGCGAUGAGUUCUUCCAGUUUUUCCAAUUUCUUACCGAUCCACCGGGCAGGAUUGGAGAUCGAAAAAAUCUGCAGUGCAACACACCGGAGGACUUUUUCGGUGCGUCGUGGGAAGGUGCCUGCCGAUCGGUUUGGUAUCCGUACGAAACGAUCGGCAAUGUGGAACGCAUCUGGACCUGGCUGAUGGUCGGUGUGCUGUCCUUUUUCGGCAUCUUCUGUCUCAUUUCGUCGAUCAAGAAAUUUAUCUCCUCGCGCAAGAAGAUGGCCGCCGAACGGGAACGGGAACAAAACUUGCAGGAACUGAGGGAAAUUGCUCGAGAUAAUCGUGUGCGACUACAGCAAGACGCACCACAAAAUGCUCCCGACAUACGAGAAUCGAGACCUCCGUGCUAUGAAGAUGCCUUACUGCUUCCCAAGCUAGAUGCGGCCUCCUUCGCCUCACUCGAUGAGCUGAUGCUGCGUGGCAAGCGUCGCAAACGGCGUCGCAAUCGUCGUGCAUCCGAGGCCAAGGAUGACGACGACAUUGACGAGGAGGAGCGCAUCCAAACACGUCAGCGAGCAAGAACUCGCAGCGAAGAUGUCCUGUCGCGGCAAAUCGAUGACACAUCCUCCCUGGAACCAGCGCCAGAUCGAGCACCGGUACGAUCUAUCUACGAACGUCCUACCUCCAACCGGGUCGUGUCACAAACGGAAGCACUGGUCCACAGUUCUACGCCAGCCGUCACACAGGAACAGCGUGAUCGUGAGGAGGACGAAGAACUUCACUACCAUUCGAUCGAUAUUCUAAGCCUACACCAUCAACCAUCAUCCGCCAGUGAACGGUCCGCACCACCACCUCCACCCCGGCUCAGUUCCACCAUAACUAUGCCAAGCGAACCGAUCGAAACGUUCACCGGCAUUAGCCACAGUCCGUACGCCAAGCGCAAGGUGAAACCUCUCCAGCACCUAAACCCGAACGGUAGCAUUGAAGAGAUCACCGAUUUUGCCGACCGACAGUCUAGCCCGUACGCGAAACGGCGUGGCCCACUGAUGUCCAGCUUCCGGGACCCGUCACGAAAACUUCCACCCCUACCGGACAGACCACCACCACCACCCGUGCCGGGACCGGCGGGUCGUUCGUCCGAGAUUACUCUAGUCGAAAACUACUUCCAACCGACGGAUCAACAACGUAUCAUCGAUGAGCUAGAUGAUUAUGCCGUCAUUCCGAUACAGAUUCAAGGUUCCGCUGAGCGAGCUGCUGGUGGUGACAGUGAGCCACAGCCAUCUACUUCCGGCGGCUCGAAAGUGGUCGUGCUAGCGAUGGGUGAUCGAGAUGGGCCGUUAAAUGCGAGUGAUUCUAGUGAAACCAGCAGUAUAGAAAUUAUUGCACCGUUGGUGCUGAAGAAAUAGGGAGGAGCGAUUUUGUCUAACAGAAGAUAGGGAUCAGCUUACUAGUUGAAGGAAAAGGACGCUGUAGCCAUUUCUGUUGCUGAUAACGAUAGUAUUUAAGUGAAUGUUUAAUAAAGUUCCCUUGUAUAGAUACAAAAAACACAA